AUGGCCUGCGAGCACCGGUGCAGCAGGGCCUUGCUGCGGCCCAAGCUGAGGAGCGCCGAGGGCCGGGCUGAGGCCGCCACGUCCCUGGAGCAGCUGCGGCGCUGGCUCUGCACACACGGCUCCCCCACGGCACACGUGGAUCAAGUCUGGCCAAACCUCUACGUGGGAGACCUGUAUGUGGCUCGUGACAGAGCCCGGCUGAGCCAAAUGGGCAUCUCCCACGUUGUGGACGCUGCUGCUGGGAGGUUCCACAUCAACACUGGACCCAAGUUCUACAAAGACCUGCACGUGGACUACUACGGAGUAGAAGCAGAGGACAACCCAAACUUUGACCUCAGCGUGUUCUUCUACCCAGUUGCUCGAUACAUAAGAGCAGCACUGAAUUCCCCAAGAGGCAAGGUACUAGUUCACUGUGCCAUGGGAAUCAGUCGAUCUGCAACCCUGGUCCUGGCAUUCUUAAUGAUCUGUGAAGGAAUGUCCCUGGCUGAGGCCAUUCACACCGUGCGCUCACACAGAGGCAUCUGCCCCAACUCCGGCUUCCUCAGGCAGCUCUGGGAGCUGGACCUCCACUUAGGAAGAGGCAAAGGCAGAGGAGCAGAGGCUCAUCUCCUGGCAAUGGACUGA